AUGUCCCAGCUGCUUCGCCCGGAAAAUCUUCAGGACCGUUUGCUAUUUGCGAUCCCUAAAAAAGGCCGUCUGUAUGAGACGUGUCUCUCACUGUUAAGCGGCGCAGAUAUUCAGUUCAAGCGUGCUCACCGCUUGGAUGUCGCCCUCGUGACGAAUUUUCCCAUAGCGCUGGUCUUUUUGCCAGCCGCCGACAUACCGCUAUUCAUCACCGAUGGUAAUGUCGAUCUUGCGAUCACGGGCCAGGACAUGGUGCAGGAGGCAGGCCCGGCAGUGUCGGAGGGCAUUACGGAGGUGUUACCCCUCGGUUUUGGCAAGUGCAAGCUGCAGGUACAGGUGCCUGAAGCGAUUGAAUCCAUCAAGAGUGUCGAAGACCUUGUCGGCAAGAAGAUUGCUACGAGCUUCGAUUUGCUAUCAAGCCAGUUCUUCCGUGAGCUUGAAGAGAAGAAAGGCGUGCCUAAGCUGAACGAUGGUCGGCUCCACACAUCUGUGCAGUAUCUAAGCGGCAGUGUUGAGGCUGCAUGUGCUUUGGGUCUCGCGGAUGGUAUUGUGGAUCUCGUCGAGUCAGGGGAAACCAUGCGUGCCUGUGGGUUGAAGCCCAUUGCCACUUUGUUGUCGUCAGAGGCUGUCCUGAUUCGUUCGACGAGGCCUCAUGAGCGCACGGAUGCGAACCUGAUCCAGCUUAUUACGGCACGCAUUCGUGGUGUCAUUGCCGCGUCGAAGUAUGUUCUGUGCCAGUACAAUAUCCAGAAGGACAACCUUGCGCAGGCUCUCAGCAUCACGCCUGGUCGUCGUGCAGCGACUGUGAGUCCUUUGCGGGAGUCCGACUGGUAUGCUGUUUCCAGCAUGGUGUCACGCAGUGAUGUGGCCAAGAUCAUGGACCAAUUGGAGUCGGUUGGUGCAUGUGAUAUCUUGAUCUUGAGCAUCGACAACUGCCGUGUGUAG